GGAACUCGCCGGGACGACGUAUGACUCCGGUCAGCGAUAGGAACAAUUUGAAUGGAAUGGCACCGAAUUCUGCCAAUACAACAACCUGCGGGCCGUCCAGUUUCCUCCCUCCCGACAACUGCAACUUCCUUACACGUCCUUACAUGUACCCUUAGCGAGUCAGCACGACACCAGACAAGACAAGACCAGACCAGACCAGACCAGACAAGCCGACCCCUCCCCCCCCCACCAAGACAUCAUGGCCGCACCGCCUGCACCAGAGCCACUCACCGGCAAGGCCGCCGAGAACUUCGAGCUCAUCAAGAGCAAUCUGCAAGAAGUCCUGAACCCCGAAAUCAUCGAAGAUGUGCUGCGCGAGGGAAAGCGACCGCUCAGCAUCUACUGGGGAACUGCCACGACGGGGAAGCCUCAUUGCGGAUACUUCGUGCCCAUGCUCAAGAUUGCUGAGUUCCUGGCGGCGGGAUGCGAGGUCAAGGUGCUGUUGGCCGAUGUGCACGGCUUUCUCGACAAUCUCAAGGCGCCCAUCGACUUGGUCGUGCUCCGAGCAGAAUACUACAAGCAUUGCGUGACGGCAGCAUUGAAGGCCGUCAACGUCGACGUCUCCAAGCUCAAGUUCGUUCUGGGUAGUACUUACCAAACGACUGGCGAAAGCGGCGCAAGAUACUUUAUGGACCUGCUCCGACUGAGCACAUCUGUUUCUGGUCACGAUGCCUCCAAAGCUGGCUCCGAGGUCGUCAAGCAAGUCGAGAGUCCUCCGCUGUCAUCGCAAAUCUACCCGCUCAUGCAAGCUCUCGAUGAAGAAUAUCUCGGCGUGGAUGCACAGUUCGGUGGUGUGGAUCAACGCAAGAUCUUCACCCUCGCAGUGGAGGCUCUGCCACGAAUUGGUUUCAAGAAGCGCGCGCAUUUGAUGAAUCCCCUUAUUCCUGGACUGCAAGAAGGUGGCAAGAUGAGUUCAUCCGACCCAGACUCGAAGAUUGACCUGAUUGAUCCCCCUGAGAUUGUCAAGAAGAAGCUGAAGAAGGCCUUCUGUCCGCCCAAGCAAGUGGAUGGCAAUGGCGUGCUCAGUUUCGUCGAAUUCGUCCUCCUUCCCGCUUCUGCGCUGCGAAACAACGGUGCCCCGAAAUUUGUUGUUGAGCGUCGUGAUGCUGAACCACUCAUCUACUCGGACAUCAAAAAGAUGCAGGAGGAUUACCUAGCAGACAUCCUGCAACCCCAAACGUUAAAGCCUGCCGUCACAGCCGCACUCCUGGAAAUCUUAGCGCCCAUUCAGGAGACAUUCGAGAACAGCAAGGAGUGGAAAGAGGUGGAGCAAAAGGCUUAUCCUCCACCCCCUGCGCCAGAGAAGAAAGCCAAGAAGGUGAAGAAUCUCGGCAGCCGAUUCCCUGGUGCAAAGCCUGCCAAUGGUGACGUGGCUGCGAAGCCAGAUGGAUCCCUCGAGGGGCCUGGCGCACAGGAAGCGAGCGUCGGCAAAACGACAGAAGAUGCAAUGAACGCACUGAGUGUCAGUGAGGAGAAAAGAUAGCAACCAGUGCUCAAAUACCACAAUGGACAGGGGAAUCGAAGAAGUGACAGGUGCAUGUGCACGACCAAGACAUCAUCAUUCCCAGGUCUCAACAUAACGCAUGCGUUCUCCGGUCCAUGAUAUCCAAUGAAAAGACAUAAACGGUCGCUUAAGUGCAGCCGAACAUGCAGCAUUGGUAGUGCUCGGAGCUGAUCCCACAGAGGCCGCCCCGAGGCCCGCAGCAAACGACAAGGCAUCAUGAUUCGAAGGCAAAUGUGCAGUGUAACAACACCCAGCUGGCCACGCCAUGCGAACAGCCUCGAAUACCCGCUCAGCUCACACAAUGACACCAAGGUUGUUCUCUAUGUCAUCACAACCAGGAAACCUCAGCUGCAUACCACACAUAAAGUUGCACUUUCACACUCUUCACUGAUCGAGCUUAGGUUAACGUACAUCUUCAUGCACCAACUUGCCACCUCGUCAACGCUUUCACAACACCUACGAGAACCAAAGCAUGAACGAAGAGGUCCUCGAACUCCACGUGUCCGAUGCGGCGACAACGUCUGACUCGAACGAUCGCCUUGAAGCCCUUCAACUCUCCCUUCGAGGCUGGCCGCUGUUCCACCUACAACGCCUCGGUCUCUCACCCGGCUCGUGGAGAGACCAGUUGAUGGAGAAAGGUCAUCAAUCAGAUCCAGUCUGCCUGAUUUGUGGCGACUCCACCUCCGCCGAUACGCAGAUACUCAAACUCUCCUGCAACUGCCAUCACUGCAACAAAUGCCUCACCCGUCUCUUCACCGCCGCAGUGACGGACGAAUCUCUAUACCCACCGUCCUGCCAUCGCCGGCCCAUACCUCUCAACAAAGUGUCUCGUCACUUACCUUUGACGCUCGUGCGAACGUACCGUGCAAAGAGCCUAGAGCUGUCCACUCCAAACAAAGUCUAUUGCUCCAAUUUGAAGAACGGCUGCAACGCUUUCAUCGCCCCGCAUAGUAUUCACAACGGCCAAGCAUUUUGUCAGACUUGCGGGAUGAGUACUUGUGUGAAGUGCAAGGAGGAAACUCAUUUCGGACCGUGUGACGAUGGGACUGGGAAUGAGAGCGGGCAAAACACGACUUUGUUAGGACUCUUGAAUGGGUUAGCGAAGCAGGAGAAAUGGCGGGUUUGUCCUAGCUGUGGAAGGCUAGUUGAGAAGGCCGAUGGGUGUAACCAUAUCCUCUGCCGCUGCGGUUGCGAUUUCUGCUACUCUUGUGGUACACUCUUAGACAAGUGCGUUUGUAUCGAUGAUGAUGGAUUGGAAGAGGAGGAGGAAGACGAGGAGUACGAACAGGGCCAGGCCGACUAUCAUCAUCGACAUCGACAAGAGUGGGCUGCUCGUGAGGCUGCAAAUGUUCUUCGAAGGCUUAGAAGUCGGAAUCGCCGGGAGUUGGAAGAGGAUAUCAUCGAGGAUACAAUGGUAGCGCCCUUUGAUUUGGUUGAUGAUGAUUUCACUGAUCGGUAGGGGCGAGCCUUUGUUUACAUGAACCUUAUGAAGAAGUUGAGGGUGCAGUGCGUGUAAAGGGAAAUUGCAGACUA